UUUAAAACCAUAUCUCAUCAGAGUAAAAUUGAUCUUCCAAGCAAGCUGUUUGAAAGAGGAAGAAACACUUUUGGACUUUUAUUCAUGUAGACUGAGUUUAAACAUGACUGAAGAAAAUAUAUUCUAUACCCCUGGAAAAGAAUAUUCCAUAUGGUCAUCUUACAUUUUGGAAGAAUGUGCAGGCUUUAUGGUAUAUCCCAUAACAGUGUUAGCGAUAUUGAUACUAUUAUAUUAUCCACUUAUUUUUGCAUUUUCCUGCUUCUAUGCCACUAGUCUAGUACUUCAUGUGUGGAAAAAAAUUGGUAAUUUGCCAGAAGAUACCAGUAGCAAACAAUGGGAUAUGCCAAGGAAAAUAUACGCACUGGUGACAGAUUUGUUUGGAAAGAUACUGCACAGUUAUGAGAUUUCUGGACUAGAAAAUUUACCCGAAGGACCAGCGAUUCUUGUAUAUUAUCAUGGAGCCUUUCCAAUUGACUAUCACUGUUUUGUAAUAAGGUUGUAUAGACUCACUGGGAGAUUCUGCUAUUCCGUGGUAGACCAUGUUAUCUCGCUUUUACCAGGUAAAAAAUUACUAUGUUUAGGGUUUUUUAAAUCUUUUUUUUUCUUUUUUUUCUCCCAUUCCAUCCCACCUCAUGCCACUCCACUGCUCCAACAGACUCAAAGGGCAAUAGAAGAUUUACGGGACAAACACCAGAAAAUCCCAGGAAGCAUACUGUAUGCUUUUAAGCAACGCUUUGAAGCACAUAACAAAGAUAAAUAGUGAUAUAACAUCAACAAUCUCUGUGGAUAAUAUAUGUAUAUAUGUAACUAAUAUAUGUGUAUAUGUAGUGCAUGCGUUCCAUCAGGCACUUUCUGAAAACAAAAUGUUGGGGAAAGAUUGAGAUGGGAUGAAAACAUUUAUUUCUUCAAUGUGUUUAAAUCUUCAACACCAGAUUAAAUUGCAUUCUAAAAUACCAAAA